CGCUUCCUCAGACUGGCCCUGCCCGCCGGACACCCCCCGAGCUUUGCGCUUGGUGUCUUUGCGCCGAGGGAAACGGGUGUCUCCUGGCGGUCUGCACUCCUGACAGCCCUGCAUCCGCUCCCGAGUGCGGCUCUCUGCUCGUUCUCCGUAGCUCGCCCUCUCCAGACCUGCCGUGCCCGGGAGCGCUGGGAGCGGACCGCUGUCCCGGCACGGCGCUGACUCCGAUCCCGCUGAUCCUGCGCCUCCAGCAUCGCGGGGCAGCCUCUGCCGAACAGAAUGACUCAGUGGUAUCAGCUACAGCAACUUGAUUCCAAGUAUUUGGAGCAAGUUCACCAGCUAUAUGAUGACAGCUUUCCUAUGGAGAUCAGGCAGUACCUGGCACAGUGGCUGGAAAACCAGGAUUGGGAGCAUGCAGCCAACAAUGUCUCAUUUGCUACACUGUUAUUCCACGACCUGCUGUCACAGCUUGAUGAUCAAUUUAGUAGAUUCUUGAUAGAAAACAACUUUUUGCUGCAGCACAACAUAAGGAAAAGCAAACGUAAUCUUCAGGAUAACUUCCAAGAAGACCCAAUACACAUGGCAAUGAUCAUCCACAACUGUCUGAAAGAAGAGAGGAAAAUACUGAACUGUGCCCAGGCAUCUAAUGAGAUGGAAGUGGGGAGUGUACAGAACACUGCAGCUGGGAUGCCAGACAAACAGAAGGAGCUUGAUGCCAAAGUUAGGGCUGUAAAAAGCAGUGUCACUGAUGUGGAGCAGGACAUCAAGACAUUAGAGGAUAUGCAAGAUGAAUAUGACUUCAAAUGUAAAACACUGCAGAAUAGAGAACACGAGUCCAAUAGUAUGUCUCAGGAGGAGUACAAGAAAGAACAACUGAAUCUCCAGCAUAUGUUUUUAUCCCUGGAUUGCAAGAGAAAGGAAGUGGUGAAUAAGAUAAUUCAGCUGCUGCAGAUCACAGAGCACACACAGGCUGCCCUUAUCAAUGAUGAGCUGGUGGAGUGGAAGCACAGGCAGCAGACAGCAUGCAUUGGUGGGCCACCCAACGCCUGCCUCGACCGCCUGCAGAACUGGUUCACCAUUGUUGCUGAAAGCCUACAGCAAGUUCGUCAGCAGCUCAAGAAGCUUGAGGAACUGGAACAGAAGUUCACCUAUGACCCUGAUCCCAUCACAAAAAAUAAACAAGUUCUGCAGGACCGAACGCACAAGCUUUUCCAACAACUCAUCCAAAGCUCCUUUGUGGUAGAGAGGCAGCCUUGCAUGCCAACACAUCCUCAGAGGCCACUAGUCCUGAAGACAGGAGUGCAGUUUACUGUGAAGCUGAGAUUGCUGGUGAAACUGCAGGAACUGAACUACAACUUGAAAGUGAAAGUUUUAUUUGAUAAAGAUGUAACUGAGAAGAACUCAGUCAAAGGGUUCAGGAAAUUUAACAUUUUGGGAACAAACACAAAAGUAAUGAACAUGGAAGAAUCUACUAAUGGAAGUCUAGCAGCAGAAUUCAGGCACUUGCAACUGAAAGAGCAGAAAAACACAGGGAGCAGAACAAAUGAGGGUCCUCUCAUUGUAACAGAAGAGCUUCACUCUCUGAGUUUUGAGACACAACUGUGCCAGCCUGGUUUGGUAAUAGACCUAGAGACCACAUCCCUUCCCAUUGUUGUGAUCUCAAAUGUGAGCCAGCUUCCCAGUGGAUGGGCUUCUAUCUUGUGGUUCAACAUGCUGUCUACUGAUCCCAAGAACCUGUCCUUCUUUCUGAAUCCACCUUGUGCAAAGUGGUCUAAGCUUUCUGAUGUUCUGAGUUGGCAGUUCUCUUCUGUAACAAAGAGAGGACUUAAUGCAGAUCAGCUGAGCAUGCUGGGAGAGAAGCUCCUUGGGCCAACAAAUGGAGGAUCUCAGGAUGGCCUCAUUCCUUGGACAAGAUUCUGCAAGGAAAAUAUAAAUGAUAAAAAUUUCCCCUUUUGGCUGUGGAUUGAGGGAAUCCUGGAGCUCAUUAAGAAACAUCUCCUAUGUCUCUGGAAUGAUGGCUGCAUUAUGGGCUUCAUCAGCAAAGAAAGAGAACGUGCUCUGCUGAAGGACCAGAGCCCAGGAACAUUUUUAUUGAGAUUCAGUGAAAGCAGCAAGGAGGGAGCAAUCACCUUUACCUGGGUAGAGGAAUCUCAGAAUGAGCCACAGUUCCACUCAGUAGAGCCCUACACCAAGAAGGAGCUCUCUGCCGUGACCUUCCCCGACAUCAUCCGCAACUACAAAGUGAUGGCAGCCGAAAACAUUCCCGAGAACCCGCUGCGCUUCCUGUACCCCAACAUACCCAAAGACAAUGCCUUUGGCAAGUACUACUCCAGGCCUAAGGAGGCACCAGAGCCAAUGGAUUUGGAUGGUCCCAAGGGAAACGGCUACAUCAAGACUGAGUUAAUCUCUGUAUCUGAAGUGCACCCCUCCAGGCUGCAGUCUCCAGAGAACCUGCUGCCCAUGUCUCCUGAGGAGUUCGAUGAGGUGUCUCGGAUGGUGGGCCCCGCAGAGAUCGAUACUGUGAUGUGUACACACAUUCAGCUCUGAGCUUUGGCUGAGCUUUCCCUGCAUCACUAGCACAGCCAUCACUGCCUUGGUGAUAAUGCUUCCCUCCUUUGGUUUCUCAGCCCGAGGGCCCUGCAGCACUUUUAGCUAAUGGGAAUAUCAACAGCACUAGCCUGAGCAGCCUCAUUCCAUGCCUUUGUUUAAUUAGCAAGGUACUGUGCCAGAGUGGAGGAAGAGGAAGGUGGGAAUGUGAGCUCCGACAGUGAUGGGAGAAACAUGCAUUCAUUGUUUGAAGGAAUUAGUUAAACGUUUAAAACAGUUGACUGUACAUAGAAGGUUUCAAAGAAAAGCUGGUUCUUUUGCAGAGGUUCUGUUCAGAAAGCUUACACCUUGAAUUUUUGUCUGCAUCACAAAAGGAAAACACUCUACAGCUAACAUGCCUCACUUAAAUCCAUGUGCUGCUGAAGUCUGUUGUGCUUUUAGCUCUUCUGGGCAUGGCCCAUUGAGAGAGCAGAAGCCCAAAAUGUUUCCUGCAUUUCAUUUUUGCAAUUUUCACAAGGCCUAAUCUUGUGUAGGAUGUUUAGCACAAUCUCUCUCCAAAAGAGCAUUUCUUAGGGCACUACCUUCAAACUGCAUUGGCACAUGCUGAGCUUGCAACCCAAGGUGUAUAAUCAAGACUAAAGCCUCUGCAGACUGCAGUCAUCAGACAAUAUCAGAACCUCCUCUUAGGAGACUGCAAAAGGGAUUAAGUAUGGUUUUAUUUACUGUGCCUAAUCUGCCAAGGUGAGGAUCUGGUCCCCCCUUAUCUUUUGCAAUAAUACAGACCCCAAAUAGGUUAUAACAGGUGGAAUGGAACUCAGUUUUCUGAUGUAUUAUGAACCAGGGCAUUUAUUUAACUGUUAAUUUGGAUAGCUAAAAGACUUUACAGGCUUUGAUAAUGAAGUGGUUUUGUCAUUAGGGGUAAGGCACAGGGAAGUGAAGAAGCUAAAGUUUAUCCAGAGCAAUGGCUGCAGGAUAUGCAGUCUGCAGUAUUGAAAGGAUGAAGCUGUGCUUCCACCAGAGGAGGAACAGGUUUGUUUCUCAGCAUGCUUAAGGCAAUUAACAUAUCUCAGUUAAGAGGCAAGGCUGUCCUAGGCAGCUGGUGUCUCUGUCUAAAGAUAACUAUUAGUGCAAGGUGCUAAUUAACCCUCUGCUGAGCAGAGGGGCUGCAGAGCACUCGUGCUGCACCCACCAGUCCAGGUACAGGAACAGGACAGCCACUGGAGGGGACCCUGCCCAAGCAGGGGGUUGGACAAGGUCACCUCCAGAGGCCACUCCAGACCCAGCAGCUGCUGUCUGGGAAAACAGGGACUGCUUCAGUUUGGUGUGUUGUGCCCAAGAUAUGUGAUGUGCCCCCUGCAAAAGCUUCAAAGAAAAAUUAAAGGACCUAGAGCAUGUAACAGGUGUAUUUAAAUGAAAGCAUUACCAACUGACCUAUUUUGAGUGCCCUGGGUUACUGAGAUUAGCAGUGCCACAGGAAAUGACUUAAUUCUUUUAUCUUACUGUAACUGGCUGAAUGUGUAUCUGUUGCUAAUACAAAAAUCAAGUUGUUUUUUGAGCUAUGCUUUGUAUUCAUGUUCUACAUGUCAUUACUUUUAUACUUCACUUUUGUGGGACUUAAAGCCUUAUUCACAGGUUGGCCUUUCCAUAGCCAGUAGUUCUAAAAGCAGUGAUUUUUCCUCAAUGGAAUAUUGUUUUAUCUAUUUAAAAUAAAUUGAACUGUCAGUUUCCACUUUUGUUCUCUCUCUCUCUCAUGUUUUGGCUACUUCUGUUAUAAAGUAGAUGUGCCAGUCAGUAUUUUACUUCUCUGUAUAUAAUUUUAAACUUGUUUGUGCAACUAAAGAGUUACAGCUCUGAAGCCCAAGGCAGUAUUGAUGCUUUUAAUUCUCUGCAUUUUUGAAGGUCUGUCUGCACUGGAGUUCUUAGAAGGUGGCUGUUAACUCUUUUUUAUCACUGCUUGUAUCACUUCAUUCACUUGUUGCUGUCCCCACACAACCUUCAAUAAACAGAAUUUGAAUUUCUAAUUUGAGUCCUCACUAGGAUAACUGAUCUAUGGCUCAUCUUUGUGGGCUGCCAAGCUGGACCACUGCUGUUUUUCUCAGGGGCUAGUAGGUGACAAAAUCUCUCAUCUCACACUUGUCAGGCUUUUAUAUGAACUGUAGAGCCAGAAGAAUAAUAAAGGAAAAAAACUGUUGAUGUGAUGAAGGAUAGCAGGAGUGAGUAAAGAAAAAAGCUAGACCUGUUCAGAGUACCUGGCCAGAAUUCCAGCAUUAACAAAAAACAACCACUAAAAGGACACAGCUCUGCAAGUGUAGGUUUCAAAAUAAACACCAGCAAAAAUGAGAAAAACACUACAUUACAGAAAUUCAUUCUGAUUUCCUGUAUGCUUUGCACAAUGGAAAUGACCAGAGUAGAUUUUCCAGGACAGCCUUCCCACAGCUGAAGACUUAUUUCAAUGGCACUCCCAUAGAUAACCAAUAAAACUCACCAGCACCACCAUCAUCUUGGUAUUUCCAUUUAUUAUGCUGUAAAAAGCAACACUAUCUGGAUUUUAUUUCUUAAAAUAAAUAACUUUCAUUUUCAGAACCAGUACAGCUCAAGUUUAGAUUCAUUCAUGGGAAACUGCUAGAAAUACAUUCAUCACUGUCUAGUCCCCACAAUACAGAAUCUAAAAGUCAAGAUCAGCCCAGUCAGUUACAAUGACCAGAAGUACACUGCCAGUUAAGUAUAGUCACGGAUAGUCCAGCUCUGAAGCAAAAAAAAAUCUGGUACAAUACAGUUUGUUCACAAAGGCUAAUUAAUGCUAAGACUACCACAAUAUUUCUGAGUACAAAGCAUUAAGUUAGCUGAACGAUUUUAGGUUGUGAUACAGAAUAAACAUAUAUGACAUAAAAACAAAGGAGUGGGGCAAUCUUCUUUGGAGCAUAAGGAAGUCAGCGUUGGAUAAGAUAACCAAAAGCUAUUUACUGUAAAAUCUACAUGUCAGUGUCAUGAAUGAUAAACAGCCAAACCAAUGUACUGCAUAUAUUUAUAUUUAUAAAUAACGCCAUGUCUAAGUAGCUGCAUCGCUGAAUUGGACAUUACAAAAUAAUCCAUCUUCUCACAAUGAGAAAAUACUAGAACUAACCAGCAAAAAUGCACUGAAGCUAAGACUGGCUAAAAGCACUCGGUAUGAAAGCAUUAAAUUUAGGGACAGCCACGAUCUUCAAUGUUAGCUCAGUUAAAAAUCCUUCUUUUGGUUUUGGUUUGUUUGUAUUGUGUGUACUAUAGAAUAUACCUAUGUUUAAAAAUGCCAGUUUGAACAAUGCAAUGUCAGUUAAAUAAAGCUAAAUCAGGUAUUUUUCUGAGAAGCUACAGAAUGUGUUGUAAUAGGGCCAAAAUAGAGAAGAUUAGCACUGAAAUGGGUAACUCUGAACUAGGAUCCACAUGAAAAUAUGCCUUUACACCGAAGCCCAUAAAUCUGUUGUUUUGUGCUACCCAGUGAGUGAUGUGGCUCAGCAAAGAGCCAGAGGCCAUUUCAUUUAGUUCUUGGUUACAAGGGUGGCCAUGACACAGGAUGUGAAUGACACAAUGGGUUAAAAGCCUUCAGAAAAAUAGCUGAUCUUCAGAAGAACAACAAAAAAAAAGCAACCAAAAAACAAACCCAACCAGCCUAAGAACAGGAGAAUUCUUGAGAAAAAGUGUUUGAUAACCAUGCCAGCCAGCUUCGAGGUGCUAUUUGAGGGCUUUAGACUUUCAGACUCUUUGAAGAUUUCAUCAUGAUGAAGACAGUCACUGCUUGUGAUGAGUACCAAGCACUUUUCCAUGUGGCUUGUCCUCCCUGCAGGGAGGCAGUAUGGCAUUUUGACAAGAGACUGUACAGGAACUUGAAUGGAUUUAUUCUCAACUAUACUGACCUGCUGGGUCACUCUGGAGAAGUUACUUCUCUCCAAACCUUAGUGUACUCAUUGCUAAAGGAGGGUAAUGUGGUUCAGAUCAUCUUUAUAAAGUGCUUGGGCCUUUCCAGGAAGAAUUUGGGCAUUGUUUCAGGAGAUUUUGGUGCCAGAACACAGAAAAUCUGAACUCUGAGAUCUACUAAUGACUUGUACACUACAUGCUAGGAUAAAAACCACCAUAUACAUGAUUCUCAAGCACAAUCUCCUUUUCCAUGUGCUGAAUGAUUCCUGCCUAAAACUCUUGUGCUAAAAUCCUUGCCUACGUCCAAUAGCUGUAGUGUUUUGUGAGUGUUUGAAGUGACUGCUCACUUCUGAGGUUUUGUGCCACACUAAUGGCAGAAGCAAUUUUACAUGGGACAGGGGGGCUGUGGCAAUAUUGGACUUGUGUGAACUACAAAUACCUGCAUCUACAUUUUCCAUGACAGGGCACGUGCCACGCUGGCUUCAGUGGCAAGACAACGAAUGCCACCAUUCACCACAAAAGGCAUUUACUUACUUGUGUUCCUGGUGCUGAACUCCUGUCCCACACCAGGGGAAUCCCAGCGAUGCAAUAUCCUGCUCCCUGGUUGAUGGCAGUGCAAGAAGAGAACAUACCCCAAAACCUGGCUUAUCUCCUGCUCUGCUCCUGUUUUGAUUGGCUCUAUGCUCCUUAAAGCUGUUUCACUCCAUCCGUGUUCCUCACUGCAAGCCUAGAUGAGCUCAGAUUGACGUGAAGUAUUUGGUUUGGUUCUUUGCCUUCCCAGCACUCCACUGCCCUGGCUGGCUCCGCCAGGGGCAGCACUGUCAGCCCCAGGGGCAGUGCAAGUAGACCUGCAAGGAACACUGCACGGAGUGGAAGCACCCGCGCUCCCCGGCCACAGGGAAGUACUUUAGCAGCUCAACAUGGAGAGAGAGGAGGGAGGCAAGACAAAGGGAACUGAGAGAAACGCUCCCAAGACAAAAAUCCCACUACACACCGGAGCUACAAGUCACAUUCCCCUACGCCAUUUGGUCAAACAAACCUUAAAACACAUUCCCUGACAAGACUAUCUCUAAGAACAAGCCUAGACCAUUGA